AGGCAAAUAAAUGCACGCUGCCUUGCUAAUUUUUGUGACACCCUAUCAAGAAGCUGAAAGGAAUUUGUGGCACUGCAACAGGAAACCCUAAAAUGCUCUGAAAAAUUCCGUAGAACAGUUAAAAAGUAAUACACUUUUUCUCUGAGAAACAAGCGCCUUCCUGUGUCGGAGCAGUCCAGAUUUGCCUGCUGCAUCCACGAAAGCCGUUCAUUCAGUGAAGGUCAAAGGUUUUGUUGUUGGUGCACCAGCUGAUCAUCUGUACGCCGUUGGGCUGCACUGCUGAGCAUAACAAACUGCUGUGCAGUGCUGACGUGCGUCACAGGACCCUGGGGUUUUGCACGGGGAUUAGUCAGGCUGUAUUUGGAAACGCCCUCAACUGCACCUUGUGCUGCUAUAUUAGUGCUUCUCAAGCAAGAGGAAUUUUCUUUUGCUUCUGCAGCUGCUCCUGCAAAACCCUCCGCCUGUAUGCAAGCCCUGCGUCUCUGGACUCUGCUUGCCACCUAUGCAGUUGCAGUAGGACAAAAUCAAGGACAGAAGAAUCAGGAGUGCCCUAAGCUCAACGCACAGAUGCCAGAAUUUCAGAAGAAGACUGUCCACAUUAAGGACCCGGGGAGAGUAGAAGAGAUUAUUUGUGGCCUCAUCAAAGGAGGAGCUGCUAAACUUCAGAUUAUUACAGAUUUUGAUAUGACAUUAAGUAGAUUUUCCUACAAUGGAAAAAGAUGUCCAACUUGUCAUAACAUCAUUGAUAACUCUAAGCUCAUCACAGAGGAAUGCCGGAAAAAGUUAUUGCAGCUGAAAGAAACAUAUUAUGCUAUUGAAAUUGACCCAGCCCUCACUAUUGAAGAAAAAUAUCCAUAUAUGGUAGAAUGGUACAAUAAAUCUCAUGCACUACUCAUCGAACAGGGCUUACAAAAGGAUAAGUUUGCAGAAGUUGUGAGAGAAUCUGACGUUAUGCUGAAGGAAGGAUACGAGAACUUCUUUGAUAAGCUGAGUGAACAUAAUAUUCCUGUGUUCAUAUUUUCUGCUGGGAUUGGAGAUAUUCUUGAGGAAGUUAUCCACCAGGCUGGAGUCUACCAUUCUAAUGUCAAAGUUGUUUCCAAUUUCAUGGAUUUUGAUGAAAAUGGGAUAUUAAAAGGAUUUAAAGGAGAAUUGAUUCAUGUUUACAACAAACAUGAUGGUGCCUUGAAGAAUACUGAGUAUUUUAAACAACUGAAAGACAACAGUAAUAUCAUACUGCUGGGUGAUUCCCAAGGAGACUUGAGUAUGGCAGAUGGAGUAGCAAAUGUUGAGCACAUUCUUAAGAUUGGUUAUCUCAAUGAUAAAGUAGAUGAACUUUUGGAAAAAUACAUGGACUCUUACGAUAUUGUCUUGGUGAAAGAUGAAUCCCUGGAAGUUGCCAACUCCAUCCUACAGAAAAUCCUGUAAAUUGCAGUCUCAAGUCACUGCAUUCUUUCCAGAAGGCAACUGAAUAGAAGAGCACACACGUGCAAUCUUAAGUGUAUCUGUUACUCAUUGACUGAACUGUUUAAUUUAAAACUUUUAUCCUCAUUUUGGUAUUUUGAAGUAUAUAUGGUACCCAUUGUCAACUAGAAGCUCCUUUUACUGCUGUUAUGCUGUUCUUUAUUGUCUCACACUCCUAUUAAAACUACAUUUAAAUUGGA